AUGGACCUUAUCUACCGCCAGGUCAGCUACUGGUUGGAUUGCCUGCUACUCAAAUGGGUGCCUCCAUCUCUCCCAGCGAUGCAACUUGGGCCUGGUGGAAGCUCUCAAAAUCCUACGAUGGUACAAUUUUUCACCUGGAAUGCCCGGCACCCAGACAUGAGCUGGUGGGAACAUCUUGCGAAGGAGGCCUCGCACUUGGCCGAAUUGGGGUUCACGCAGAUCUGGCUCCCUCCGCCAAACAAAGCAAUGGAACAGACGGGCCGAGGGUAUGACGCUUAUGACUUGUGGGAUCUUGGUGAAUUCGACCAGAAAGGCUCCGUUGCUACACGGUGGGGAACAAAGGAAGACCUUUUGAGAGCUUGUGAUACUGCGAGGCAAUGCGGUAUGAACGUUAUAAUCGAUGCAGUUCUCAAUCACAAACUCGGUGCAGACAGAUCGGAGACCUUUCGCGCUGUGCGCGUCGAUCCAUUGAAUCGGUUGCGGGAUAUUGAGAACGAGAGACCAAUCAAGGGCUGGACUGCAUUUGAUUUUCCUGGACGGCUUGGGAAGUAUAGUAGCAUGCGGUGGAAUUUUAAUCAUUUUACGGGGUUGGACUGGGAUGAGCUCACGCAAACCAAUGGCAUAUUUCGCAUUUCUUCCGAAGGACAUCAAGGUUGGUCAACGUGGGUAGAUACUGAGAAUGGGAACUAUGAUUAUCUCCUAGGCCUCGAUAUUGACCAUCAUCACCCUGAAGUGCGGGGUGAUCUAUUUUCAUGGGGCUCGUGGAUCCUUGACACCACAGGCGCCUGCGGGUUUAGACUGGAUGCCAUCAAACACAUGGACCGCAGGUUCCUUCUUGAGUUUAUCGAAAGAACUCGGAAUCACCCAGGCAGGAAGCGGCUGUUUGCGGUAUCAGAGUACUGGUCAGCGAACUUGCAAUCUAUAAUACCAUAUAUUCGGGCGUUCCAUGGCCAGACCUCUUUUUUUGACGUUCCACUACACGAGAACUUUCAUAGAGCAAGCAAAGCAGGUGCUUCUUACGACCUAAGGACCAUUUUUGAAGGUUCUCUGGUAAAUUUGAGGCCAGAAGAUGCUGUCACCUUUGUUGACAAUCACGAUCAAUCAUUGUUUCAGCAAGUUGGCCAAUCUCUGGAGAGCUGGGUGGACACCAACUUCAAAGCUCAAGCGUACGCUCUCGUCCUACUGCGAUGUUACGGAUAUCCAUGCAUUUUCUAUGGUGACCUGUAUCCUAAUGAUGAGUGCUUUGACGAGCGCACCUCCCGCAUUCUGAAGAAGUUACUCCUUGCGCGGAAAUCAUUCGCAUAUGGACCUAUGGUAGAUUACUUUGAGCACAGAAACUGUAUUGGGUUCGUACGCAUGGGCGAUUCCGAUCAUGCUGGGUGUGUAGUUGUGCUCAGUAAUGACCCGAUGCUGGACCUGACUAUGUCCAAAGUUCGAAUGAACGUCGGCCUACACCAAGGAGCAACGUUCCACAGCUUCUUUGACGAUACUCGAACUGUUGCAAUUGACCAUGACGGUUGGGGAGCAUUUCCUUCUUCAGAGGACUGUGUUGAGGUCUGGAUCAAAACUGAAGAAAAUCAAUAA